UUUCAGAUAUAGUGACCCAACCCAACCGUGCCAGUAGUCUUCCCAUUAAUCCAUGCCGAUUCCUCUCUGCGGGUUCCAUGGCCAAAACCCAAAAGAAAACCCAUCAAACCAAAUCCCCAACCACCCAUUUCCUACGCUGCUGCUUUGGAUAUUCUAGCGGAGAUUCCGACCAAAGGCCCGAUGAGAUUACCCGAUCCGAUGGCCAGAAGAAGAAGACGCGUUGGCGUUGGUAUUCUCCGUCCAAGUUCUGCAUGAAGAAUUCCGGCGCCAAAACCGUGCCGGUCGAAGCCACUCUGUCAGAGAAAGCGAAUCUGAAAAACAAACUUCCGGCGUCGAAGUCGAAGUCGAAGUCAAAGUCCGACAAGCUCACGGCGUCGAAGCCUCGUGCUUGGGUAACCAAUCAUCAGCUGCCAAGUCGGAUUCCGGUGGUGGUGCCAGUUGCCUCAGAUCAAGCCGCUCAGGAAAAACGUGAAGAGACAGCAUACGGACCAACACAGAACAUCAUCCUUGAAAAACGUGAUCGUGUGAAUCAUGCUUCCAAGGACGACACGUGUCAAAAACGGUGCUCUUUCGGCCGGAAAAUAGAAGCCAUCAGAGCCGGGUGCAGCCAACCCGGUUCACCGGAGCCCAAGCCCAAGCCCACUCGACCCGCUGCGAUUUCACACUCCGCGCCUUUACUUGAAACAAAACGGGUAGCAAACCCCUCAUCAACGAUCGCUCGAGGUACGGUGAAGAAAUCAGCCCGGAAAAUAGAUGGAUCAGCCGAGAAACUUGACCCGUUGGUUGGUCUGUCUAUUAUCAUGGUAACCUUAAUAAUAAUGUUGUUUUGGGGUCGGAUAUGUGCCAUUCUUUGUACGUCGGCGUGGUUUUAUUUCGUGCCACGUUUAAGAAAUGUGACGAAAUCUGAUGAUGUCGUGGAAAAGAAUCCAAAUUCACUCGAUCAGGAUUAUGAUUCUGAGGAGUACAAGAAGAAAGUAGUCUUGGAAGGAUUUCUUGAAAGGAACCACCGCAUUGGGUGAACUUUGUAGUAGUUAUCAGCUGUUGACGUAUUCGUUGUACUACAGUGAGCGGCAUGGCAUUUUGUGUAAAUAAGCUGCAGAUAAAUCAUAAAUGUCUAUAGUACUAGUUCUGUAAGCUUGAUUUUGUCUGUUAUUUUUUGAGAUAGUACCCUUUCUUUCUUUUUUUUCUUUUUCAUUUUUGUUCAUUUAAAUAUAUUUUUUAUUAUUUUUAUUA